GAAGCUUCCCUCUCCUCUCCUAUUUCCCCAUUGCCACAUAGUCUCCCCAACCAGCUGGCUCCCACAUAUCUGCACACACUUAUAAACAAAGGCUGAGAAGGGGCAGACACCAUCCAGCUACUCUCAGGUGCACAAAAGUGGUGAAGACUUGGGUGGUAGUGGUGAUUAUUCAUCAUCCCUUCUCCUCCUCCCUCACCCCCAAGUCUUCCUCCCUGCGGCCCUCCCCCACCUCCAGUUGAUCAUGGCAUCAGAAGCAGAGAAAACGUUCCAGCGGUUUGCUGUCUUUGGAGAAUCAUCAAGCAGUGGCACUGAAAUGAACAAUAAGAACUUCUCCAAGCUAUGCAAAGACUGUGGCAUCAUGGAUGGCAAGAUAGUCACCUCCACUGAUGUGGACAUCGUAUUCAGCAAAGUCAAAGCCAAGAAUGUCCGAACCAUCACAUUUCAGCAGUUCCAGGAAGCAAUGAAGGAGCUGGGCCAGAAACGAUUCAAAGACAAGAAGCCAGAUGAAGUUCUGGAAAACAUUUAUAAACUCAUGGAAGGCAAGGAUCCAGCUACCACUGGUGUUACUGUUUCAAAUAGGGCCCUCCCACUUGGAGGGACCUUGCAUAUUGGGUCUGGGGUUGAAGUCCUCUGGCUGCAGCCUGGUCAAAAUAGCUCCUCUGGAAGCAGAAAACUCCAUACACACCCCAUUCAUUCCCAGACACCAGACUCCUCCACCCUCGUGAGUGGAUGGCUCUUGCCACGUUCCUACCCAUGGCUGCAUCUGGGCCCUAAAGAAAGCAGCCCCAUGCCAACAGUAGAAUAGAGCACUGGGUCCUAGUAGAACCAAAGUCCAUCUUUAGAGAAGGGGUGUGACAGCAAAGGGGAAGAGAGAAGGAUCAG